AUGCUUCUGGGGAAGUCCAUUCUGUUUCCGAUUGAUGACGCAGGAACCGACCCGCGCGACCCUCAGAACGAACUUCGCAAUCGCGACACACUGACCCUGCUGACCAUGGCCGGGGUGGCAGGAUUCAUCUCGAAUCUCAUGCUUCGUCGCUCAUACACCUCGUGGGCGCAAUACUGGUGCUUCUUGCUAGCGGUCGCGUGCAUCGGCGGCAAGGCCGCAAUCGAUUCUCUCAACGGUAGGCGACGGAAAGACGACAAAGCAUACAAAUUGCUGCAGGAAUCCUCCGAACUGCGCUCCAUGGACAGCGAGGAGACUGCCGUCUCGGAACGAUCAGACGACACCCGCGUUGCUGAUAUUAGCGGACGUCGCAGCAACAUUGUCCUACGCGGUCUCUUCGUUUCCGCGGUCGUGCCCUUUUUUUGGUCGGCAUGGGCAGUUCUCAAUUUCUCGGACCGCGUGCACCAGAAAAUCGUCCGAGCAACUACGACCCUAGACGCCGGUUAUAGCGCAACGACUCCUGCGGAACUCGUCAUCAGCAUGUACAAAGAACCGAUCGACGACGUCGCCCAUCUCAUCAACUCACUGAAAGCCAUGCCCCACCUGGCAGACGCCGAUGUGCACAUCUACAUCAAAGACAGCGAAUCCGACACCGAAGCGAUCCAACAACGCACCGGAGCGACUAACAUAACGACUCUUCCUAAUAUAGGGCGAGAGGGCGAGACAUACCUCUACCACAUCCUGCAAAACUGGAACACCCUCGCAGCACACACCGUCUUCCUCCAAGCCGACGUCCACAACCCGCGAGAGUUCUACCCCCGAAUCCGCGACUACUUCGACCCCCAGCGAACCGGCUUUCUGAGCCUGGGCUGGGCCGGCCAAGUCUGCAACUGCGAGGACUGCGGCGACCGCUGGUCCUGGCAAGACACCACGCAUCUCUUCCCCCAAAUCCACAGCCGCAUCAACGACAACGCGACCGCAUGCGACAAGGUCCUCCUGAGCUUCAAGGGCCAGUUCGUCGCGUCCGCGAAGCGCAUCCGUGGCGUCGAUACCUCGGUGUACCAGGACCUCCGCGAAGCCUUCGUAAACAAGGAGAGCUGGGCACACAAGGAGGAAUACCUGCAGGGCCGGCCCGACUCCAUGAGCGCGCCCGUCUUCGGAUACACCAUGGAGCGCAUGUGGAAUCUGCUCUUCCAGUGCAACGACAUGGACGUCGCCUGGAAAUGUCCAACGCUGCUGAGCGGAACCAGAGGGGGUGGCAGCAUCGAGGACUGCCAGUGCUUCGACCCGGUCGAUUUAGCAUCAGAGCGAUGA